AUGACGUCGGCGUUAUCUGACGUGCCUGCAGCACAGCAGCACGAGCAGCAGCAGCAACUUCAAGUAGAGAAACGGGAGGCGGAGCAGCCAGAGCAGCAGCAGCAGGAGCAGCAAGAGCAGCAGCAGCAGCAGCAGCAGCAAGAGGAGCAACAAGAAGAGCAGCAGCAGCAGGAGUACGAUGCAGAUUCCUUUGUUGCUACGUUGAUGUCUUCUCCUUAUUUUCGUUCCCUAAAGAAAAGAAAUCUCGUCAAUGGAGAUGUAGUAGAGGAGAAUUUGUCUGAUGAAGAAUGUAAAAAUAGUUUGCUGCUGCUACUCAACUCCCACCCACAUGUCUUCCUUGAGCGUCAUGGCCGUUUGCUGCCAAAGGCAGCAGUGAGGUGUAUAGGCACAUACUUCAAUAACAGACCAGAAGUUCAGUAUUACGUGGAGAAAAUAUGUGGGCCUCUCAUCACCAACAGCAAACAAAAAUCAGCGCUAACCAAGGUGCAGCAGAACAGGCGACUGCAGCGCAUGCGUCAGCUGCAGGAGGAAGGACAAUUCUUCUCAGAAGCAGCACUUAAACAAGUAGAGCCUGCGCUAUAUGAGGAGAUGGUUGGUCGUUUUGAAUGCAACUACUCGCUUGCUGCUAAGCGUCCUACUGCAGCAGAAGCAGCAGAAGCAGCAGCAGCAGCAGCAGCAGAUGCUAAGUCAACAGCAGAAGCAGCAGCAGCAGCAGCUGCUGCUGCUGCAGCAGACACAAACGAAGAAGAUGAGCUUGCUUCUGCUGCUGCAGCAGCAGUAGCAGCAGCAGCAGAAGAAGCAGCAAAAGCAGCAGCUGCAGCAGAAUCUGCAUCAUCAUCCUCUACAGCAACAACAGACAUUGUUCCUGCUGCUGCUGCUUCUUCUUCCCAACAAAACAGCAGCAGCAGCAGCAGCAGCAGCAGCAGCAAGAAAGGAGUAUUAUAUAGUACUAUGCUAGAUAGGGCAUGCGAUAGAGAAGAAGAAGAAGAAAAAAUAAAUAAACAGCAGCAAACAUGGAGAGAACAAGAGAAACUAUUUUAUGCACAAAUUAAACGCAUGCAGCAGCAGCAGAAACAGCAGCAGCAGCAGCAGAAACAGCAGCAACAGAAGCAGCAGCAGCAGCAGAUGGAACAGCAGCAGCAGCAGGGAGCAGCAAGUGCUGCAGAUAAUACGCAUGCAGUUGAAAAGAGAGAAGACUCAGUCAUGGACAUGCAGCAGCAGCAGGAGGAGCAGCAGCAAGAGCAACAGCAGCAGCAGCAGCAGCAGCAGCAGCAGCAGCAGCAAAUAUCAGUUUUAGCAGAAGUUGAGCCAUCGAGGCAAAUCGAUCGCCGCUCUGCUGCAGCACGGCAGCAGCAGCAGCGCCGACUGCAGCAGAAGCAGCAGCAGCACAAGAAGCAGCAGCAGCAGCAGCAACAGCAGCAGCAGCAGCAGCAGCAGCAGCACGAGUUUGAUGCUGACGAGCCCGAGGUGUUGGAAAUUUCUCCCGAAGAAUUCGAAAGCAACAGACGAGACUUUAUAGAGGCGAUGCGCCUUCGUUUCUUAGGGGGGGAAUUUCCUGGCGUAGAUUUUGCUGCUAUUGAUGCUGAUGACUCUCUUGAUGAUAUUGCACAGGUUAACAGAGACCUACAGGAUGCUUAUUUCGACGCUGAUUGA